AUGAAGGUUGCCAGGGGCCUCGUCCCAACGGACGGGGCGGGGGCGGCGGGGCAGCAGAGGAAGGGCGGGCGCAUUCUGGCGGCUGAGACCUACGCUCAUGACGCCCCUCUGCCCGGCUACCUCGACCACAUCCCCCGCCGACAGGCCCUCGCCACCAGUACGUUGCUGCUGCUCCCUUUCUCCCUCUCUACGCUCGUUGCUGCUGCCAUUCUUUCCCUCUCCACCCGCGCUGGUGCCUUGGCAGUGCUUCUGUUGACGCCCAUGUCUCUGCUUUCCCCGCCAUUCAUUUCCUUGCUCCCUUCAGCACUCCUUUCCCUCUUCACCUCAGCACUCGUUCACCACCUGCUCCUCUCAGCACUCAUGUCCUUGUUCCCCUCAUCACCCAUUCUCCCAUCAGCACUCAGUUCCCUGUUCACCUCAGCACUGCUUUUCUGCUCCCCCACCACUCAGUUCCCUGCACCCCUCAGCACUCAUUUCCCAGCACCUGUAGCACUCGAAUUCCCACAUCAAGUCCUUAAUUUCUUGUUCCACCCCAUCUACCCCAACCCUUACUCCUCCCCAGCCUGUGGGCGCACGACGGUGACGAUCCGGUCGCAGUACCUGGGGCCGUACGACCUGCACAAAAACAUCUACAACAUGACCUUCUACAACGGCUGCGCCUACAACGUCACCAGCCCGCUGCGCGUGUACCAGUGCGCCAACUUCGGCAACGUGUGGGAGGGCAGCCUCGACAACCCCGCGCCCAACCCCACGCAGUACCAGACAGGCGACAUCUUUGUGCAGUCCUCGAUGGGGUACUGUGAGAUGCGCAUGAACCGCGGUGCUACCGGCACUGUGCAGAUGUUCCCCGGGGAGACGUUCAACAUUCUGUAUGCGUGGACCAGUGACUGGCGCCCUUGCGCGUCGGAGCUGCGCUUCAGCAACGGCAACAGCUACUCCAUGGCCGACGUCUCCGAGUGCCAGGCUGCUGCCGUCAUCUAG